GAAGCUGCUGGAAACGUUUGCCCCAGGGAGUGAGCUACACUAAGAAAAAUCAGUCCAAGGCUCAGCACAAAAGGAUCUUUUCAUUCCAGUCCUUUCGCCCACGCAGGGAACGAUGCCUCUGGAAGUGGUGGUAGAACUACAGAUCCGGGCGAUUUCUUGUCCAGGGGUGUUCCUUCCUGACAAGCAAGAUGUGUACCUUGGGGUGUACCUCCUAAAUCAAUACCUGGAGACCGACUGCUUUCCCUCUGUGUUCCCUAUUAUGAUUCAGCAGAGCAUGAGGUUUGAAAAGGUGUUUGAAAAUGCCAUAGAUCCUGGCGCUGUAGCAGACAUUUUAGAAAGCUUCCUAACCAGGUUUGAAUUAAUACAACUAGUACCUCCAGUGUGGGAGGAGUUGGCCUGCUAUGAAGAAAACACACGGGAUUUUCUUUUCCCUGAACCCAAGCUGACACCUUCGCUCCCUGGGAUGUGCAGGGAGGUGCUCAUGAAGACGAUUGCAGGGUUUCCAGGCAUUGCUCCCAAAAUAGAGUUUUCUACAAGGACAGCCAUCAGAGAACGAGUGUUUCUGCAAAGAAACAGAUUUUCUGAAGAAAAAUAUAGUAAGUCAAGAAGGCCUUUAUCUGCAACAGAUGGACCCAAGCUCCCCAUAAAUAAUAUGAAGAUGAAGCCAAAGGAGAGUAAUCUCAACAGACUGCCCCAAAGCAUGCAGUCCCGUGCUCCCUCUCCCGUUUCCGCCCGGCGCUGCUUUCACGACCAGCCAGCUCAACUGAACCUCGGAAAUAACAUCAGAAUCUCCGGGGGAAGCAAACCUCCAUUUGUAGUUAGACACGUGGACAGUGCAAAGCCUUUUGGUGAGACUAUUUCAGAGUAUCAGUCCCAGAAGUCGAGAAGAAAACUUAAGUUUUCAAACUUGCCUUUUCCGGGGAGAAGAGCUUCUUCUCUUGACAGCCUUGCCGCUAACGUAAAGGUCAUCAAAGAGCCAGAUGAACGGAUUGUUUUAAGGAAAGAAUCACCAUCACCUUUAGAUUCCAGUAAGUUUGGAAAACCCUCGCCCAUUUACAGUAACCAAGGGGAUGCCGAUUUCCACGGGGAAGCUUCGUUUGCUGCCUCCCAGCAUUCCAGAUCUCCCAGCCCUCUUCUGGAUCAGCCCCUUCUCUGUGACGAAAGGUUCCACCCUUGCUCUCAGUCCUCGUGGAGGAAGAUCCACGAAAGGGCGUGCAGUCUCCUGACAUCCCACAGAGAUCAGCAACACCCACACAAGUGUGUGGAAUUUCCAAUUUCACAAGGGGAACCGAAGGAAAGCUGGAGGAGCGUCGUGGAGAACUCACUCCUGGAGCCAGCUGACACGUCCUUAGAGAAAUGAACAACAGUUUUUGUUAUGUGUAUGGAAUCACCAGUGUCUUACCCCUGUCAAAUCAAACCCUGUACUCAGUCUUUUGUGCCCAGAUUUUACACGAACUAGAGGAAGCUGCUAUUUAGAGGAAUAACCUGAUAAAUCCUCCAGAAAAAGACUGUCAACAUGAUUUUCUUUUUGACUUUCAGCCAAGUAAAGGUGUGCAUGUUACAACAAGCAUUUCGUCCACUUUGGAAAACAGACAAAUGUUUGAUUACACCUGCUUAUCUCUUUCCGGUGUGUCUGAGGCUAUAGUCAGUGAUUUUGAUGUCAAGUACUCAUUAAAAAUAAAAAAUACUGUGUUACAGGAAGGCUAUGACACAAGGCUUGAACAUAACUCCUUGAUUCAGUUGAGGUAUAAGAUCUUAAAUGCCCGUUCUUAUUUAAAGUCUUUUCUGUUUUUUUGUUUCUGUUUUGCAAAUCAGUCUUUUUCUCUAACUCUAUUGUUUAUUCUUAUUUUACCUUUUUAUGUCUUAAGGUAUUAUUUCCAUUUUGAGGAAUCAGCUUGGGGCCAGGAUUGCAGUUGAGGUAUUUUGCUUUGGGGGUAUAUAAGAAUGUGAAUAAUUUUGUGAUGGAU